CAGUUUCAUUAUUCUUUUCUCCAAAAACGUCGUUCUCCAAUUGCCGGCUACCUUCUUGUAAUCUUCACCAUAUCAGAGCUCUAUAAGUGAUUCAGUGAAUCAAUCAUAUCCAAUUCGUUCAAAAAUCUUUGGAGCUGAAGAAAGAAGAUGAGUGGAAAGGGGAAGGUUGUGUGCGUUACUGGUGCCUCCGGCUACAUUGCUUCUUGGCUUGUUAAGCUUUUACUUCAACAUGGUUACACUGUCAACGCCACUGUUCGCAACCUCAAUAAUCCGAAUAAGGUGGCACACCUCCUUGCACUUGACGGAGCCAAAGAAAGGCUAAAUCUGUUUGAAGCUAACUUACUUGAAGAGCAAUCUUUUGACCCCGCAAUUGAUGGUUGUGAAUGCGUUUUCCACACAGCAUCGCCUGUAUCCCUUACUGCUACUAAGGAAGAACUAGUUGAUCCUGCAGUGAAAGGAACACUUAAUGUUCUUAGAUCAUGUGCAAAAGCAUCUUCUGUCAAACGGGUUGUGAUAACAUCUUCUAUGGCUUCAAUUAUGGUCACUGGACAACCUGUAAGCCCAGAUGUUAUAAUGGAUGAAACUUGGUUUUCAGACCCUAAACUUUGUGAGGAGACUAAGCAAUGGUAUGCACUUUCCAAGACCUUGGCAGAGGAAGCUGCACAGAGAUUCACAAAAGAGAAUGGGAUUGAACUGGUAACACUGCAUCCAGGAUUAGUCUUUGGUCCUAUCUUGCAUCCAACUCUUUGUUUGUCUUCAGAGGCAAUUUUUAACGUUAUAAAAGAAGGAAAGGAGGCAUUCCCAAACGGAAUAUAUAGGUUGGUUGAUGUUAGAGAUGUCGCACUUGCACAUAUCAAAGCAUUUGAGAAUCCUUUGGCUAGCGGGAGAUACUGUUUGGUUGAGGUAGUGGCGUACUCUCAUGUGGCUCUCAACAUUGUACACAAGCUUUUCCCUUCUCUUCCGAUUCCUGACAAAGGAAAACAGGAGUUGCCAUUCGUCGCACCCUAUCAAGUCUCCAGGGAAAGGGCGGAAGCCUUGGGCAUUAGUUUCACGCCCCUCGAAAUCACCCUCAAAGACACUGUGGAAAGUUUUAGGGAGCAUAACCUCCUCAGCUUCUAAAUAUUAGCAUUCAAGUGAGUAGUUAGUUAAUGUGCAAUGAACCAACAAAUAUGCUACUGUUUUGGCACAUGUUCAGAUAAAUUCUGCAUUUAUACUAUGAAAUAAAAACCUUGGGAGAUAAGUUCUGAUCA